ACCCCAGUUUUUAAUAGUAUUUUUCACAGACACAAAUGUCAAGAGGAUUGUACACAGAAGCCCACCUAUCUAUCCUGGACCCAGCUUUGAUCAUUACUCACAGUUGGCCAAUCUCACUUCAUCCCUCUGAUUCCUCCGCCCCUUAUUUUUCCCCCUGGUUGUUUUCGCUGCAAAGUCUUAAAGGGAAUUUCGGGUUUCCCAUCAUUGUACCAUUAUUUCAGUGGGAGUCUCUAAUGGGAUAAAGACAUUUUCAGGCAUAAUCAGAAAGCCCUGAUUCUACCUAACAAAAUGCAGACUAUUACGGAGGCCCAGGAUGCAGCUGAAUCCCAGCUGGCUGUGGGCAAAUGCGGUCUUCUCAUAUCAGAUUUCCCAAGGUCUUUGCAGGACCAUCAGCAAAACCUUUCUCUGUUGACAUCCUUUUAAACUCCCAGGAGGUUUGUAAGAAUAGCACCAAGAGUCCCCAAACAUGCUUCAUCCAUAUUCCCCAAGCGUUACCAUUUUACCACGUUGCCUCUGUCCUUCUAUAAUGUUUUCUCCCCCUGAAUCGCUGGUAGGUUAGAACAUGAUGUCUCCCUAUCCCUUCAAGUUCUCUUAAUGUGACUACAGAACACCAUCCAACUCAGAAAAUGAACGCGGAUGUGGUGCUAUUAUCUAAUUUACACAUUUGACUGGGAUUUUUCCGGUUUUCCCAAUGAUGCCCUUUAGGACAAAGGAAAACUCUGGCUGAUCUCAGUUGUCACAUCUCUUUUUUGUUUGCAGUCUCAAGUAGUCCCUGAGUCUGUGUGUCUUAUAACAUCCAUCUCUUUGGAAAAUUCUGGUCAUCUGUUUUGCAGCAUGCUCAAUUCAGGAUGAUCUGCUAUCCUCCCACGAUUCAAUUUGGUUGUGCGUUUUUGGUGGGACGACCCCAGAGCCACGUUUUAUCCCAUUCCGUUCUUAUCCGAAGGCGUCUUAUGUCAAUGGGCGCCAUUACUGGUGUUAACCUUGCUUGGUUAACAUGGACUCUGCCAGCUUUCUCCACUGUCAAGUUAUUCUUUCCUUCCCUUUGAAAUGAGUAUCUUUAGAGAAGAUGCUCUCAGACCACGUAAAGAUCUUGUCGCUUCUCCAACCCCUCCCUCUAGUGUUCACUGGUGGUUCUUGUCUGAAUAAUGAUGAUGGUGGUCAAAUGGUGACUUUCUAAGCGUAUCAUUCCUUUUAUGCUUAUUAGUUGAAUUUCUACUAUAAGGAAGAAUUCUCCCUAUCUAUUUACCUAUCCAUCCAUCCCCAUGCAAACUCUUGCUUAUUAUUUAGUAAGUUGUAAACUGUUACUUAUUUUGAUGUUCAGAUCCUCCAAGAUUUAGCCAGCGGAAGCCCCUCCAAGCUGGCCUCUAUCUCCUUUGGUCAUGGCCUCAUUGAUCACACCUUUACUUUCUGGAGUAAUAAGAUGCUACAAACUCAUUUUAUCAUUUCAUUGCCCCAGCCCUGAAAUCUGCCAUCUUGCCAAGGAAUCCUGAGCACACACACCCCCCCAUCUAUCUAUCUGUCUAAACUGUGAUGGGUUUUGUGGUCUUAUGAUGGUAGAUUUCCUAAUUUACACUGCAGGUUUCAUGUUCUCCUUUUCUUUCUGUAGUUGUAACUUCAUUGUCGCACAGUGAGAAACUUGGUUUCCAUCAUCUACCACAUAUUUACUUAUAGAUUUAAGCCUUGCGUCUUCAGAAAGUCACUUCAGAAUUGCUAACCCACACCGCUGUGGGAAGGACGCCUACUCCCGCAGUCAAAUAUUUGUUUAAAGUUCGUUUUGUCUUUAGCCUAAUGAGAGAGUUCCAAUGUUACUGGGCUUUUUCCCCCCUAGGCAAUUCAGUUAUUCAGAACCAUUCUAUUAAUUUGUUUCUGCAUGUAUUCCAUUUUAGAAUUGUCCCCAUCCUUAUUGAUCUUAAGUCAAUGAAUCAUUAAUGAUUCCCCAAACCAGAACUGUGCAAAAAAUUUUGCUCAGAAGUGUCCAUCCCCCACACUCAAUUGUUCUAGCAUGUCCACCUCAUCCCCAGUGCCCUGCAGGUAACCAAUCUCCAUAGUCCUUGGUGUUUAUUUUUGCACCAAUGAGCACAUAGAUGUGUAUUUCCUUAUUUCUCUUUGCUGCAUUGAAAACAGAAUAUGAAGCAUGCUAUAUAGGCUCUCCUUUGCAGUAUCAAAAAUAUGCUAAGGCAUCUACAACUUGUGUUUAGUUCUCUCUUGCAUUUUGUUGUUUUUUCCUAUCUCUCCCUGACUCCGUGUGACUUAGAAAACUCAUGGAAUCCUAAAUUAAUGGAGGGGGAAGCUGUAUCAAGGUGUUGGUUUUAAAAAGUGAACUUUAUCUUCUGCUAGACAAGCAUUCAACUACAAAUCCCAGAGGAAGCCCCAAACCCAGAUGGAAAGACCACACCCAAAUCUUAUAUGCUUGUUCAAGGAACAGUCAGCUUCUCAGCCAGAGGUCCUUUCCUAUUAACAGAUCUGGGUGUCCAGAAACAAAAUAAGCACCUUCUGGAACAAGCAGCUCCAUGGAUUUGUAUAAGUUUAUAGACCUAAAAGUCAAGCAGCCAGUCUUUUUACAGGAGGCUGCUGCUCCCACUUUAACAUAAUUGGCUUGGCUUGCAGACAGGCCAGUCCUCCUGGGAGAGGCCCCUGGGAGAAGCGGGCCUCUGGGAUUGUGCUUUCCUGCAGGUAACGGGAGGCACCUGCUUGGAACUCCAGCCUAGGGGACACAGAGCAAGCUGGGUUUUUUCCUUAGCUUGAACUAGCUGGAUUGAGCAGGAAGGGAGGGUGGAAGGAAAGAACUCCACACCUGUCUGUGUACUUCCCAGGAGUUCUUCUCCCAGGGACUCAUCAGCUUUGGCAAAGACGUGAGUGGAAUUUAUUAUUUCAGCUCCCUCGGGGGUUAGCUGGUCGCUCUUGAUCGCUGUUAUAGACAAUCUUGCCUGCAUCCAGCCAGGGUGGACCCCCAAGCAGAGAGCUGAACAGAGGCAAUUAGCAUAAGCCGUUGCCACUUCCCACCCUGCUACCCCAAGCUUUGUCUGGAUUCACAAGACACAGCAUUUGGGGCAGAUAUAAAAACUCAUCUCUGAUGAGACCAGACCAGCUCAGCGAGGACGCUCUUCUGGCUCAGAUUCCAGAACAAUGAUUCGCCCAAGAGCCUGGCUGUGGACAAUGAGCUGUAGGGAAUCUGCCAUUCAGACCAUCUUAAGAAGCAGGUGGAGGCUGGAAAGUGCCCAGACCUCCUCAGAUCCACCCCCAUAGGAACUGGUUCUGGAGAACACAAGAGACCUGAAAAGCCACCUGUGAUUUCUAGACCCAGCCUGGCAUCAUAGAACCUUCAAGAGUCCAGCAGGUCUCCCAUCAACCUGGGUAUUCUGGACUCUCCCAGCCUCAGGACCUACCAUGAGCCACCACACCACAAAGAGAAUGUCCUGUCACUGCCUUGCCAGGCCAGGGGCAUCGAUAGAUGUGCUCUCUCCUGUGUCAGUUAUGAAAUCCCAUAAGCAGCCUCUACCGUGGGGAGACCCUUCGUCUCUCUGCCACUCCAGAGGCUGUGGGAUGUGGCACAGACAGCACCACAUUGAGAGUUACAGCCUCUGUCCUUGUGGGUGUUUUGGGCCCGUUCACAAAAGUGACUCAGCCUCAGUGGCCUCACCUGCCAAAUAGGGGACGUGAUAAUAGCAUCAUCUGUCUUACAAGGUUUUGGCAAGCACCAAGUCAAAUCACAUCGAUUAAUGAGUGUUUCGGGAACUUUCAAAUAUUCUUAAAAAACGCUUGCUGCCCGCCCAUAAAACAAUGAUGGGCCGCCGUCUAGCCCAGCAGAGCAGAUGGGGCGGCAGCCCCCAUUCACACUGCGCCUCUUCUACCAGCACAGAAAACAUGCAGAGUGAGGUCACCGCCCUUCAGGAUGAUCAUACAGUUAGAAGAAAAGAAACUUCGGACGCUUAGGAAGAGAGAUGUCCAUAUGAGUGGGAUACACAGAGAAAUCUUUCUGAAAGAUGUAAAAACUGCCCCUGAAAAGAAGAUCAGGGUGCGGAGAGGCUGAGAGAGAAAGGGAAGCCACUGAAAAGAUAUGGUAUCUUCUCUGGGGUCCAUUGACAUACAUGUGUUGGUGUUAUUUUUUCGUUGUGGUCAUUAGGUACUUCUGAGGUCGCUUUUCAGUCCACUUAAACGCAGUUGUCUUGGAAGAUGUCUAGAGGUGGGAGAAGAGAUUGUCACAGGAAUAGGACAGCUUUGAACCCUUUCAAUUCCUUCUGGAUUCCAGAAAAAUUUCUGUCAUGGGAGCUAUGGAAAAGACAAGGGUAGGAUUCUGGGAGUGGGGGUGGGCUCACCAGUUUAAUGAGCACCUACUAGAUGCAAGUGGCCCUCUGAUAUUGAUGGUAUUAUUGGCCUUUACUGAUGAGGAAGGUGAAGUCUUAGAAUUCAGUAACAUUACACAGCCGGGAUCAGAACCCUUUGGAAACAAAUGAAGACUGAGCCAAUGAGGACACACACCUGGCAGGUGACUUUGUUUUGGGUUCCACAGGUGUCUCCAUGGAAGCCAUUCUGAAACUCUUUGGGGAAUACUUCUUUAAGUUCUGUAAGAUGUCUGGCUAUGACAGGAUGUUACGGACACUGGGAGGAAAUCUCACUGAGUUUAUUGAAAACCUAGAUGCCCUCCACAGCUACCUGGCGCUGUCUUAUCAGGAGAUGAAUGCACCAUCGUUCCGAGUGGAGAGAGCAGCCGAUGAGAAGAUGCUUCUCCAUUACUACUCUGACAGAAGUGGUCUAUGCCACAUCGUGCCAGGUAUCAUUGAGGCUGUGGCCAAAGACUUCUUUGACGUUGAUGUGACCUUGGAGAUCCUUGACGUGCAUCAGGAGGAGGAGAGGACAGCAAAGAAGGAGCACGUUGUGUUUUUGAUUGUACAGAAGUCACACAGACAGAUGAGAAGGGCAAAGCCAAAGGACAGCCAGAGAGACCAAGAGGCGCUGGAGGCAGCUUUCCUUCGGAUGAAAGAGAAGUAUUUGAGUGUCUCCGUUUGCCCUGUGAAGAAGUCCCGCUGGGAAGUUGUGAGACGCAUUGUCAUGUUUGGAAAAAGGCAUCUCAGGAACACCUUUGAACCGAUUUAUCCGGAGCGGCUUUGGAUUGAAGAGAGAACUUUCUGCAAUGCUUUCCCCUUCCACCUUGUGUUUGAUGCGUCACUGCGGGUCAAACAAGCCGGAGUGAAUAUUCAGAAGUACAUCCCGGGACUCCGAACCCCGAAGAUUCGAUUAGACACGUACUUCUCCAUCGUCCAUCCCCCAGUCGCCUUCGACAUUUUCAGCAUCUGCCAGUUCAUCAACAGCCCGUUUGUCCUGAAGGCGCGAGGGGAAAGGUUGCCGGAAGCAGGGAGGAGCCGGCCGCCGCUCAAGCUCCGAGGCCAGAUGAUCUGGAUGGAGUCCACACGGUGCAUGGUGUACCUGUGCUCCCCCAAGCUCCGCAGCCUGCGUGAGCUGGAGGAGCGUCAGAUGCACCUCUCCGACAUCGCCCCCCACGACACCACCAGGGACCUCAUCCUCCUGAACCAGCAGCGCCUGGCAGAGAUGGAGCUGUCCAACCAGCUGGAGAGGAAGAAGGAGGAGCUGCGGGUCCUCUCCAAGCACCUGGCCAUAGAGAAGAAGAAAACAGAAGCCUUGCUGUACGCCAUGCUGCCCAAACACGUGGCCAACCAGCUGAAGGAGGGCAGGAAGGUGGCUGCAGGAGAAUUUAAGACCUGCACGAUUCUCUUCAGCGAUGUGGUGACAUUCACCACCAUCUGUGCCGCCUGCGAACCUAUCCAGAUAGUGAAUAUGCUAAAUUCAAUGUACUCCAAGUUUGACAGGCUAACCAGCGUCCACGACGUCUACAAAGUGGAAACAAUAGGAGACGCUUAUAUGGUGGUCGGGGGUGUUCCGGUGCCUAUCGGGAGCCACGCCCAGAGAGUAGCCAACUUCGCCUUGGGGAUGCGGCUUUCUGCGAAAGAAGUCAUGAAUCCUGUUACUGGUGAACCCAUCCAGAUCAGAGUGGGGAUCCACACGGGGCCAGUCUUGGCAGGUGUCGUGGGGGACAAGAUGCCGCGGUACUGCUUGUUUGGUGACACUGUGAACACAGCUUCCAGGAUGGAAAGUCACGGGCUGCCCAACAAAGUGCACCUCAGCCCUACAGCCUACAGAGCCCUGGAAAACCAAGGCUUCGAAAUAACGGAGAGGGGCGAAAUCGAAGUGAAAGGCAAAGGGAAAAUGACCACGUACUUUCUGAUCCGGAACGUGAACGCCUCGGAGGAUGAGCUCAUGGGGAGACCUCGGACUCCGCUCCAUCCCGAGGAAGCAAGUGCUCCGGGAAAUCAAGACAGAACUCUGGCUGUCAUGAGGUACGCGGACAGCUGCCAGCGGCUCCCCGAGGGUGACGCAGCCCGAGCUUCUGACCAGUCAACCCCCAGAGAGAGUCCGGCAGCAUCGGGACAGGACUCUGUGGAGGCGGCUAAUGGACAGCGGUCUUCAGAUGAGACAAAGACACAGCGCCUUCCCGGGGAGCCCCUGCCGUCCGGUUUCUGUGCUCUGUUGUAAUGGGGGAAACAGACCCCUCGGGUCAGUUUUUCUCCCGUUCAGCUUACUGGUGGCCAAGAAAAGCAAUUUCAUUUCUCAGCUCGACUGAGACUGCAUCUCUUCCUCGUGGUCCCCGUGAGAAUAAAAGUCUAGAGUGAAAUCCAACCCUAA